AUGCAUGCCUUCACCUUCUUCAUCCUCUUCUUCACUUCCAUCUUUCUUGAAACACAAGCAAGCGAUGAAAACUGCGCAACUAUGUGCACUCAUGGGAAUCCCCAUAUUCAGUUUCCUUUCCAUGUAAGAGGGCAGCAGCCAGAACACGGCGGUGACCUUAUUUAUGAGCUUGACUGCAACAACACCACCAAAACUACCACAAUCCACUUCCCGUCUUAUGGCGACUUGGUCGUCAAAUCCAUCUCGUAUGACAUGAAAAGGCUUGAUCUUCUCGACCCCAAGAGUUGUGUCCAUGAAGUCUUUCUUAACCUCAAUCUCUCCCUCACCCCAUUUCAAUAUUACUAUGUUGUGAAGGAGCACUCAUAUCUCAACUGUUCAGUUAGGCUUUCGCCUUCUUUCUCCGAAAUCCCCUGCUUAAGUGGCUCCGACUAUCAUGUUUACACCGUUCCCCCUUCUUUGGCUGUCCCAAAUUCUUGCAGGGUUGUGAAAACAGUUCCUAUUCCUUUCGGGUAUAGUCCUUAUCUCGCUGACAAUAGUUUUGGUCUUGGAUUAACUUGGGGCUCAAAUGGGGAUGGAGAACAAGAAACAGAAUGCUUCACCAUGGCACAUGUGAAAGUGGUAUGUAUUGCCAUCUUCAUUUUCGCGGCUGCGGCACUGAGAAAAUUAAAAAUUUAUCGGUCUAAAAAGCUACAACAUUUGAUUGAAGGGAAGGAUCAAGUUCAGGGUGAGAAAUUAUUAGGAGAUUAUAAACCCCUUAAACUUGAAACAUGCUGCAAUUCCGAUCUCAAGCAGGGAAACAGUCAGGGUGAAACAGUUUUGGACAUUAGUAUCAUGAAGCAACACAAAAUGCAAGCUAUGAAAUGA